UGACUGUUACUUUCAUAAGUUCAUGAAGACUUGUCUUAUUUGUAAGGACUGUGACACAGAUCUGAAUCUGUGGAUUAUGGAACUAACCUCAAAUUAUUUUUAAUAUUUAUUAAUUAUUUUUGGUUAAAUAUUUAAAUAUGGGGUCCCGUCAAAUAAUCGAAAAAUCUUUGUCAAUGCUGAGAUCAUUACCAAGAAUAUCAUUGUCCAAUAUACGUGAUAAUCCAGGAUCAAAAAAAAAUCCAAAACGUGGCCGAGGACAACAUGGGGGUGAUAAACAUGGAGCAGGCAAUAAAGGUUCAGGUCAGAGACAAAAUUAUAUGAGGCUGGGUUAUGAAACAGGAAAUAACCCAUUUUAUAAGCGUUUUCCUCAAGAACAUUAUUAUAGGGGGCACCAUCACAGAAGGCAAUACCCUCCAUUGUCAUUACAAGCUCUCCAGACAAUGGUUGACAGAGAUAGAUUGGAUAUUACAAAACCAAUUGAUAUUGCAAGCAUUAUAAAAUCAGGUCUCUACAAAAUUUACCCUGAUCAAAAACAUUUUGGUGUACAAUUAACGGAUGAAGGAGCUGACAUAUUUGCUGCAAAAUUGAAUAUUGAAGUCCAGUGGGCAAGUGAACAAGUGAUUGCUGCUAUAGAACGAAAUGGUGGUACCAUUACUACAGCAUAUUAUGAUCCACAUAGCCUGUUUUUACUCAAGAAUCCAAAAAAAUUUUUUGAAUCAGGUCAAGCUAUCCCUAGAAGAAUGAUCCCACCUCCAGAUGUAAUUGAAUACUACACUAAAGCAGAAAAUAGAGGAUAUUUAGCGGACCCUGAAGAAAUAUCAAAUGAAAGGUUAAAAUUAGCUCAGAAAUAUGGAUAUCAAUUAUUAAACUUAGAAUCUGACCCAGAUUAUAACAUGCUCUGUGAGAGGAAAGAUCCAAGACAAAUCUUUCAUGGUUUAGAACCAGGAUGGGUUAUUAAUUUGAAGGAUGAAUGUAUUCUUAAAUUAAAAGAUGAAGAUUUAUUAAGAUUUUAUGCAUCAUAAAAACAACAAUAUGUGUAAUAUAGUUUAUUAAAAAUAUACUUAGUUAUAUCAAUAUAGAUGCAUUCUA